AUGCAAGGAAAAGCCGGAGCUUUCCCGGCAAGUACGGGGCGAGCAAAGAGGCUCGUUAAAGAAAAUGGGGCGGAUGUGAUGGGAAGGUUAAGGGCAAGCGAAGAGGCACUUCUGCCAACUCAGUGGAAGAGGAAGGAAGUGUUUCCGAAUGUGAGCAAAAAAGGAGUAAAAGCAAAAAUAAAUGGUUCGAUGAGGAGUGAAUUAAAAGAGAGGAAUAAGUUGCGUUUGUUAGCGAUACGUCAGGCAACAGAAGCAAAUAAACUAAAGUAUACCGAACAACGGAAAGCAUUUCACAGGUCCAUCUACUAG